UAAUCGAUCUCCCGCAUCAAAUGAGCUCAAUUAGGGUUUCCGGAGUGUCGUCAACGAUCGAGAAUUUUGACCACAUUGCGUGAACGUGAGACAAAAGAAUGCCGCAAUGCGAGCGGGGAGGUGAAAUUUCUGCAAUCUGUCAGUAAAACCCUGCUAAACCCACCUCAUUCUCAUUUCAACGGAGUGUUUUCUGGAUGAAGGCGAAGGAGGGCUUUUGUUCAAAUUUCAGUGUCUGAGAGAGCUCCCGAAUCCGCACAUUGGUGUCUUCAUACCCUGACGUCCAUCACUGCGUUGCUGCUCUGUAUUUGUCCAAGCAUUCUCUUGUGUUUGGUUGCCCGGAGCAAGAAGUAGGCCAGGAUGGCGCAGCUCAUGUCGGUUGCGAGAAGGUUGAAGCCAUUGUUGGACAGAGUGCUGGUGGAGAAAGCUGUGACGCCAACCGUAUCUGCUGGGGGCAUUCUUCUUCCCGAGACUACAACAAAGGUGAACUCAGGUGUUGUUGUUGCAACUGGCCCGGGUUCCAAAACGAAGGACGGCACUCUGAUCCCCUGUGAUGUAAAGAAUGGCGACACCGUUCUUCUUCCAGAGUAUGGUGGUACACCAGUCAAGUUGGAAGGCCAUGAAGGGAAAGAGUUUUUGUUAUACCGUAACGACGAUAUUCUAGGGGUUUUGGAAGAUUGAGGGCUUCGCACAAAUCUGAAGUUUGAUCUUUCUUGUUACAAUGUUCAGAAAGUAGAACUUGUGGACCCGUGUAAAGAGGGCUCGCAUCGAGUAGACAUUAACUGUUUCGUGCUGGCACCAUUCAUGUCAUCUAUUCUUGUGAAGAAGAUUUUACGGCGUGAUUAAGGAUUCUUGGUGCACUACGUUACUUCCCAAUGUGCAUUCCGGUGGAAUGAAAUCCCCAGUAGCAAAGCCUUCGUUCGCUCAA